AUGGACAACAGGAUCGUCGAAGGCAUAGACGAUGACGCACCCGCCGCAGUCGAGGAAAUCAUUCAGCGGCGGGAGGAAAUGAGGAGGGUCCGUAAAAGAUCUGCAGCCGAAGUUAUCACCAUCCCCGAUGACGACAGCGACGAGAUCAUUGCCGUUGAGCAAGAGCUUGAGCACGGCAAGGACAUCCUGAUAGACUUGACCUCAGAUGAUGAAGAGCCUCUACAGGGUAGACGCACCGAUUCGGGCCCUGCAAGAAAUCGCCCGAUCGCGCCUCGACAGAUUCUCUCCGACUACAACCACAAGGGUCUACUUUUGAAAGAGGGAAUCAUGAUCGAGCUGCCAGAACGGAUAGGCCAAUACAAGAUCCAGUUUCUCCGCAUACAGGCCAUCUUCUGCGACGAGAUUACAGGCCGUGUAUACAUACGAGGCUUCGGGUACACCAGGACCAAGCAUCUCCGGGGUCUUCUCAUCAAAAAGCUCAAUGAAGUCUGCCGAGUCGAUGAGAUUGACGAGGAUGACCCUCGUCCCGCGGAAGACCAAGCUCUGCUGGAGAUUGAAGUCACACCUGACUCCAUCCUGAUGCAGCGACACCUCACGAUCACAAAUGCCGAGUUCCCAGCAUUCCGGUCUCCUAGGAUUUCCAAAGUGCCCGACGAGGAUAUCGAGGAGCAGGACGUUCUCGUCUGUCGUUGGACGUUCACAUUGUCCUACAGAAACUCGCGUUUGCGUAAGCUCGGCAAAGCGCAUGGGUAUUCUCUGGCGCAUCUCCUGGAGAGUGAUCUCACAAAGCUGAAAAAGCAGCGAUUCCGUUGCAGCGACAGUAUGCGGUUUGAUGCCUGGAGGGAGGGAAGCCUGGAUCCAACCAAAACUCCCGUCCAGUGGUCGCAGUACCAGGGCGAGCACUACACGGCUGUCGAUGCCUUCUCGGGAGCUGGAGGCUGUUCUUGUGGCCAAGCCAGGGCAGGCUUCAAGGUCAUCACCGCGAUUGAUCAUUGGCAGCAUGCUUGCCGGAGCUAUCAAUCGAACUUCCCUGCCGUCCCUAUGCGCCACAUGGACAUUGCCGACUUCAUAUACGACGACGACCUGAUUGUGCGAGCAGACGUCCUGCACCUAUCCCCACCAUGUCAGUUCUGGUCUCCGGCGCAUACUGUCGAAGGACGGAACGACGAAGCCAAUAUCUUUGCCCUGUUCUCUUGCCAGCAAAUGAUAGACAAGAUCAGGCCUCGGCUUUUCACUCUCGAGCAGACAUUCGGCAUUCUCCAUGGGAGAUUUGAGAACUACUUCAACGCUCUUGUCCAGGGGUUCACGUCGCAGGGAUAUUCAGUGCGAUGGACGGUCGUCCCCUUGGCAAGCUGGGGCCUGCCCCAGACUCGGAAACGACUGAUCAUGAUCGGUGCAUGCCCAGGAGAGAAGCUCCCGCCGUUCCCCAAGCCAACCCAUGGGGAUCGAGAGGGACUCAAGCCCUUUGUCACUGUCCGGCAGGCCCUAGCCAAGAUCAAUCGCGCCGUCGAUCUUCACAACCCACGCGCGAUGACUAGACUCAGGCGGCCAUCCUGGGACGGCGACCGGCCCUUGCACCGGACAAUCACAUGCUCCGGCGGUCAGAACUACCACUACAAGGGCCAUAGGGACUUCACCCUCCGCGAGUAUGCGUGUCUUCAGGGCUUCCCGACGGCCUACAAGUUCGCCGAACCUUGUGUGAAGAAACAGAUCGGCAAUGCCUUCCCCCCGGUAUGCGUCAAGGUUCUGUACGAUCAUCUACGGCAAUGGCUCGAGAAGAAUGACGGCAAGGCUCCUCGAGUCCCCGCGAUGAUACCGGGCCUGGAGGAUCUGCCUGCACCCGCGUUGGGGCGGCCUGCCGUUCAAGACAUCAUCUUGAUUGAUGAUGUGGAGAUGGUCGAUAUAGGAGCGAGCCCUGUCGUAUGUAUAUCAGACAGUAGCGACAGCGACUCGGAAACUAUUGGCCGAAGCAUGUUUGAGUCGAAAUCGAGGAAGCGAAGAGCAAGUCCGCGCCGGAUGCUGAUGGCUGCAUUGGAACGACCUUUUGAACGCGCAAGGCCAAGGCCAGUGGCCAUUGAUCUGACGUGA